AGCCAUGCCGGGUGACUAUAAAAGCGCCGGGCAACUGGCAGCCAUCAACAAACCUCGCCUGGCGCCCAACCCAUCGAGUCAACUCGCAACCGAGCAAUCUCUAGCAAUCCAGUAAUCCGGCAAUCCAGCAACAUCUGCAGCAGCAACAUGAAGUUCUUGUGUGUAUUCGUCAUCCUGGCCAUUUGUCUGGUGGGCACCUGGGCAGCAGUUGCGGAACCCGCUCCCGAGGCCCUGGAACCGGAGCCCGAGUCGGCGGCCGUGGAUGAGAAGAAGACGGAGAAGAGGGGCAUCUACGGAUUUGGCCACGGAUAUGGAGGCUACGGAGGAUACGGCGGAUACGGACAUGGUCACUACGGCGGCUAUGGACUGGGCAGCCCCUACUACGGCGGCUACGGAUACGUCCAUGCGGCGCCCUACUACGGCGGACACCACGGCUACUAUCCGUACCACCAUGGGCACUACGGCUUCUACUAGGUACACCACCUGUCCAUGAUCAUAAUACAUACUGUUUUUUUUCUCGAUCGCUUCAUGCUCAUCACCGCACUAUCAUACAUAUAUAUAUAUUUGUUUUCGUGAUCCAUUUGCCACAAAAUAAAUGUUCUGCAAAUAGCUUA